AUGUCGCAGUCCAAAUGGGUCCCCCUCGAGGCCUCGCCUGAUGUGUUCAACGACUGGUCGCGCGCGCUUGGCCUCCCAAACUCGCCCCUCAGCUUCCAGGACCUCUUCUCCCUCGACGAAGAGUUCCUCUCGUUUGUCCCCCAGCCCGUCAAGGCCGUCCUCCUCCUGUUCCCCUCGCGCGGCGAGCUCGCUGCCGCCCGCGAGAAGGAGGAGAGCGACGGCGAGGGCAAGUGGGACGGCAAGGACGUGUGGUGGAUCAAGCAGACGAUCCCCAACGCCUGCGGCUCGAUCGGCCUUCUGCACGCGCUCCUCAACCUCCCCGAGGGCGCGCUCACCCCCGGCUCCCAGCUCCUCAAGUUCAAGGCGGCCACCGAGGCCCUCGGGCGUGGGUAUCGGCUGUAUCGGUCGGGCAAGGCCGGCGCGAUCGCGGCGCGCCUCGCACAUCUCCGCGCGCGGGCCCUGCGCUCCCUCUACCGUCUCUACCUUGCCCUCGACAACCCCGCACACUACCAGGCUAUGAAGCACUACGAGGACAGACGAAGAUCGCGGCGUGCUCUUGACCGCGCAAAGCUCCUCGACGAGGCCGACUUCUUCGAGUCGGCGCACACGGCCGCCGCGCAGGCGGGCCAGUCGGCCGUCCCCGACGACCUCGACGUCGACACACACUUUAUCGCCUUUGUGCAGGCACGCAACGCCAAGGGCGAGCUGCGCGUCGUCGAGCUCGACGGCGGCCGCGAGGGCCCGUUCGACCGUGGACCGUCCAAGGACCUGCUUAGGGACGUCGCAAAGAUCGUGCAGGACAAGUACAUUGCCCGCGCGGCCGGCGACAUCAACUUCAACAUGAUCGUCCUGGCUGGCGAGGAGGAGUAAAGUAAAACAUAUGAACAUUGUCGUCACAUGCA